CCGCGUGAUCCAGGCGAUACUACUGUCCCAUCCGACCGAGCGCCGUCAACUGGUCCGAUCACGUGAAAACAGACGUACUACGUAGCACCGGAAAACAUGGCGUUUACCAUAUUUGCAAUUUCAGCAUGCCUGAUGGUCGCAGCUAAUGCCUCGCCGAUCUCCGUACCAUCCUACUACCCAUCGGAGUCUUACUCUCCGGCUCCGUCUUACUCGCCGGCUCCAACUUAUUCACCGACUCCGGCUUACACGCCAGCACCGUCGUACAGUCCAGCCCCGUCUUACAAACCAGCCCUGGCUUACAAACCAGCUCCGUCUUACAAACCGGCUCCCGCUUACAAACCGGCCCCAUCAUACUCCGCCCCGUCUUACUCAUCCCCGUCCUACUCAGCCCCAUCUUACUCAGCCCCGUCCUACUCCGCCUCCCCGGCACCUUACCAAUCGCAGGAGCCCGCGUAUCCGCCAAAGCCGUACAGCUUCGAAUACUCCGUGAACGACCCGAGCACGUACGACGUGAAGAGCCAAGCCGAGUACAGCGACGGCAAGAACGUGAAAGGCUACUACAGCCUGAUCGAGCCGGACGGCACCAAGAGGAUCGUCGAGUACACCGCUGAUGAGUACGGUUUCAAUGCUGUCGUUAAGAAAGAAGGCACCCCAUCUUACGCACCCGCAGCCCCAGCUUACAAGCCCUCCACGUACAGUGCUCCGGCCUACCCAGCUGCUCCAUCUUACCGUGCCGCCCCGGCUUACCCGUCUCAAGGAUACGCCGCACCCGCUUACGCUGCACCAAAGGCUUACGCUCCGGAACCCGCUUACGCUCCGGCCCCGUACAGUUUCGAGUAUUCCGUAAACGACCCACACACCUACGACAUCCAUAGCCAACAAGAAUCCAGCGACGGAUACGGCAACGUCAAGGGAUCCUACAGCCUUGUCGAAGCCGAUGGUUCCACCCGCGUGGUCGAGUACACCGCCGAUGACCAUAACGGUUUCAACGCUGAGGUCAAGAAAAUCGAAGGAUCAGGUUAUAAGGCACCGUACUCCGCCCCGGCUUACAAACCAGCGUACUCCGCACCAUCAUAUUCUGCCCCGGCUUACAAGCCCGCUUACUCCGCACCAGCGUACUCCGCACCAUCAUACUCCGCACCAUCAUACUCUGCACCAGCUUACUCCGCCCCAGCUUACAAGCCAGCAUACUAAUUUUCUUAGACAUGUGACUCCUACAUCUCAUAAUUUUUCUUCGACAUCUUUCCUACUUUUUCUUAUACCAUUGAGUCACUGUGUUCUGUGGUUUUAAAAUACAUCACCAUGUAAAUAUAAAUGACUAUGGAUUCUAUAUAAUUUA